AUGGAAUUUGUUUAUAAAUCGUUUCUCCUUGCUUUCCUGGUACACUGCGUGGCGACCUAUCCGGAAUACAGAAAACACAUUCCUAACGGAUUUUCCGUUCCGUUUCCCUGCAAACCUGGAGAAACCUGGCUAGGAGUAGGUCAUUAUGAGGCUUACGGAAUGGGAGAUCUGAAUCCUUUUGGCAAUGACUUUUUUCUGGCUUACCAUAUAUGGACCGAGGAGCUGUGCCGAAAAGAUUCCGAUGGGGACGGGGUCCCAAACGGAGUGGAGCUCGGGGAUCCAGACUGUGUUUGGCACAAAGAAGAAAAACCGAAGUUUCCAAAAGCGCUCUCACAUCCAGGAAUCUGUGACCCUUGGAACAGCACGUACUGUCAAGAGAGGAGCUUCAAUGGGACGCGCUUCAGAACACAGAAACAAUGGCUGGACUACGAGUGCAACAGUCCUGAUUUUAAAUGCCCCGCCUUGGCUGAAGAGGAAAUGAAAGCCGUGACAAUUCGAUUGCCAUCUGGCAGUGUGGUCCCGGCAGAGGAGACAGCUUACAAAUGUAUCGUGUUGGACCUUGCAUCUCUGGGAAUCCCACUCGACCGGGACUUUCACCUGGUGGCUAUCACCCCGAGCCUCGACAAGCACAACCUGACCCAUCAUAUGAGCCUUUCUGCUUGCAAAGCCAUUUGGCCGGCUCCCUUUGAGUGUAAGUACGUCGUGUCCCCCCAGUGUCCGGAGUUUUUCCAUCUCUGGACUAUGGGCGUCAAAGGUCAUUGUUUCGACCCCUUUACUGGAAUUAUGAUUGGUCCAAACGGAAUCAAGAAACUCGUCUUGCAGGUACACUGGAACAACCCAGAGCUAAUCUCUGGUCUGACAGAUACCUCUGGACUAGUUCUUCACUAUACUCCAGUAUUGAGGCCACAUGAUGCUGGUGUCCUUAUAACUGGCUCAUCCAUGUUCUCUUUGCCUCUGGAACAACCAGAGGUGUUGGUUAAAAGCACUUGCUCCGGUCAGUGUACUCACCAACAGAUGACGGGUCCAGUCAACAUCACCUCGGCCUGGAACCACAUGCACUACUCCGGGAUCAAAAUGAACAUCGAAGUGACAUGGGACAAACAUCACGUGACUAACAUCACCGACGACAGAGAGUACGACUACAACAGACCAAUAGUUCAUCGGUUUUCCGACCAGAUUGUCUUCAAUCCCGGCGAUGAGUUGCACACCAACUGUGUCUUCAGCACCGUUAACAGCAACAGGUCAAUUCUGAGUGGGUAUGGGGCCCGGGACGAGAUGUGCCUUGGCUUCAUCUAUUAUUUCCCCAAACGGAACAUGACAAUGUCCACCUGCCUGGACAACCUGGGAUGCAAGGAUCUGCCCAAAUUUGUGGAACAAAUCAAUUCGACGCAAGUGUUUCAGCAAGUGCUGGAGAACUGCCAGAGUUUCAUCCCCUGUUUAACUGAAUGUCUGCAGACGGUGGUCAAAAAAGUCCACGCCAUGUAUAUGUUAACCGUGAUACUAUUAUCUCUCCUACAGAACGUGUUAACGAAUGUUCCAGAAGGUCGCCUGUUUUUGAGCAGACUUGCUUCUUGCCAAGUUGAAGUCUAUUUGGCCUUGAACUCCACCAAGAAUGCAGACCUAAAUUAA